ACCGGCGACUCUUCUUUCGAUGAAUGCGCGCAUGAUACAAACUUUCAAUCAAAAAGCAUAUUCUCGUUGAAGUAUUGUAAUAAUCUUCAUUUGAAAUGUUAAACUCAUUCACUAAGAAAGUUAAGAAUCUUAUAUUUUCAUCAAAUGAGACCGACAAUACUUUGAAGAUUGAUAGAAAAAGAAAGCGGCCAAAUGAUGACAGCGAUGACAGAGAUGAUGAUGGUUUGCUUGUGAAGAAAGUGAAAUUGCAGCAGAAAAACUCCAGUAUAUUUGGAGGCCUGUUUAGUGCCAGUACUGUACAGACCAUGUCGGACUGGGUACAGAAAAAGACACCCAAUCUGUUUCACUGGAACUCAAAUAACCAUCAACCAGUCAAACACAAACCACCAGGGGCGACCCCACAUUCUGGGAAUCACCAAGGCAAUGGUUUCGGCAAAAAUGGCAGCACUCGGCUCGAGGGAGAUGACAGAUAUGAUUCACACAGAACGUUUGGGAGGGUGGAUGCACCUAUCGCCUACAGACAAGGGACUUGGCCAGUCUAUGACCCGGUAACCCGCCAACCAGAUCCUCUGUCCCGGGCUCCUCUUCGACCAGGCAGCACAGAGAACAGACCUGUCCAGACUGAUUACCCAUCAGGCAUGAAAGCGGCCUUAACUUCUAGUCAUAGCCAAAACAAGCUUCUACGUACCAGAAACCCUCACAUGUUUACAGCCAAAGAGAGUGUCCGCUUGGAUGAAAAGGCCCGGUAUCAGCAACUACUCCAGAAGUUCACCACAGUACAGCUACCGUUAGAAAACAAGGAGACUGAGGGUAGCAAGAAGCAAGUUCGAGUCCCAGAACUGCCCAGGUUUUAUUUCAGAAAAAAUGACAGUAUUCUCAGCUCAACAGUUGGCCAGGAUCGUGAAGACCCCUCAGAGAAUCGUUUAGCAGACAGAGUGAGGCAGGAAGAUUCAAAAGGCAGACAGAAGGAAGGCAGGCAGAAAACACAGGAGACAUCUCGGUUUAAAGUACAGCCCACACAAAAGUCCACCCCCAGACCUCUCAGCAAUGGUACCCAUUCACCUGGAGAUGACUCAAUGGUCCAUAUCACAGACAUAUCGGCCAUUCCCAAAGUACAGCCAGAUUCUACAAGAAAAGCCCUGCCAGUAGCGGGAGUUAUAGAUCUCACAGACGAUGACUGUGAAAAAGAAAGAAAUGCCAAAGGAUUACCUCAAAAUAAGCUGAAAUUUCCUACAGAUGAUUACAGAAGUUCACAGUUCCUUUCUGACGUAUGGAUCAAAAACAUGAUGACCACAUACAACUGUAAGGCCCGUGAGAGAGAUCGACAGGUGGCAGAGGCUGAGAUAAAGGCCAAAGUAUUUGAUGAGAAGCGUCAACAAGAUGAGCUGGAGUUGGAAAAGAAAAUUCGAGUUAACCUGAAGAUAUACCAGCGGGAGCCCGUGGUUAUAGAAGAGCCCGAAAUCUCAGAGCCCGAGGAUGAGGUUGAAGUUGUUGAGGAGGAAGAGGAGAGAUUACCUGAGUUAACAGUCAAGAUGGACCGGAAGGUGAGCACAUGUCUGUCACGGUCGGCCAAUCCAGAGGAGGUUUUAGUAGACAAAUUCCGGUUACAGAUUACACGCAGGGACAUACAUACACUGGCUGGGCUUAACUGGCUUAAUGAUGAGGUUAUAAAUUUCUACAUGAAUCUGCUAAUGGAGCGAGGCGAGGCUGACAACAAGCCAAGUGUGUACGCCUUCAACACGUUCUUCUACCCGAAAGUCACGUCCAGUGGCCACAGUGCAGUAAGGAGAUGGACCCGAAGGGUGGACGUCCUGGGGAUGGACUAUAUCAUCAUCCCUGUUCAUCUUGGCAUGCACUGGUGUCUCGCAAUUAUAGACUUUAAGAAGAAACAAAUCAGAUAUUACGAUUCAAUGGGAGAUGGUGACAGAGGUUGUCUCAAUGUCUUACAGCAGUACCUUUGUGAUGAAAGUAAAGAUAAAAAGAAAAAGGACUUUGAUCUGACGGGCUGGACAUGUGUUGCUAUGAAGGACAUUCCCCAACAGCAGAAUGGCAGUGAUUGUGGCAUGUUUGCGUGCAAGUUUGCGGAGUACGUCACCAGAGAGGCUCCCAUCUCAUUCACACAGGAAAAUAUGCCUUACUUCAGACGACGAAUGGUGUACGAGAUAGUAACUGCAAAACUGCUACAGUGAUAAUAGAUCUAAAAACAAGAAGUGACUGAAUAACGAUUGAUCCAGAUAACUAUUAUAUGAUCAUGUUGUUUCCUUCAACACUGAAGUAAGACAGCUCAGGGUCUGCUUGAAUCACCUUACGCUACUGGCAAAAAAACUUCAGAGUAUGGAAACGAUCUUAAAUGUUAUUUGGUAUGUGCGGUUCAUCAAUCACACAGAUUCAUGUUGUGCUGAAAAAAGUAAGCGUUAUGCUCCAUGCAAAGGAACUGCCUUCAAAAUCACUUCAGAACACAUGGAAACAAUCAGUGGUGUUGUUUGGUAUGUGUGUGUGGUAAAUGAUAGUGACUUAACUGAACGGACUUAAAAAUAUUGCCUUACCUUACCUCUGAAGAAUAGAAGACACAUGGAAACACUUAUCUGUGUAUGUGGUGAAUAUAUAGCACAGACAAAAACAGGCUUAAAUUAAUAGUAGCUACUGUUUAAAAGGAACUUGAUGAUAUGUUGAAACAAUGAUGUGUGUUAUUUGUAUAUGUGGUGAAUUGACAGGAUGCCAUAUCCCCCAGAUCUAUAUAUUUUUAACUGUAAAAUCAAUGUAGAGAUUAACUGGUCACUUGAUAAUCUCUUUGGAUAAAAAAGUGCAAAUGGAAUUGGAUUCGUUAUUUUCUUCUGUUGAACAAAGUAGGUAAUAAUUGAGGGAAGUCAUAAUACAAUUUAGCUGAUAUGUACAAUAUGUUCUGAUUUUUUGUCAGCAAUUGUGUUGCAUGAUUUUUUGUCAGCAAUUGUGUUGCUUAAAAUGAAUAGCUUCUAGCCUUUGAUGAAAAACAGACAUUAAAUUUAUUUUUUUGAAACCAUUUGAUCGUUCAAGGUUUACAGUGUCCAUGUGUGUAUCAGAUGAAAAUCAUACACAACUUCACAAGAAGGAAGAUAGAAUUGUACCAUUAUUUGGAUUGAUGCCAAAACAUCCAUUUCCUAUACCAUUAAAGCAACAGUUCUUCGGAACUAUUAUAUAAUCUGUUAAAUACCUAAAGAUAUCAAUCUCUGAUCAAAGUUUCGGCAAAAUCUGACUUUUUUAAUAUUAAAGCAUUUUUUGCAAAGAUCCAUACCAGUUUUAACAUAUAUGAGCAAGACCGUUAUACAAACAAAGCUGUCGUGAUUUCGAUCAACAUCAUGAUUUCGAUCAACGUUUGAAUAUUAUAUUUUUUAUAAAUAUGAUGAGAGUUACUUGUAUCAAAUGGUUAAUGUGAAUUUGUAAAAAUUAUGGGAAAAUGGCAAUAUUCGAUUUUUCAUGUAUUGUAAACUUUGAGUACUAUUGGUGUUAACAAAAAAAAUUGUAAUUCCUGUUUACAUGAACAUUUUAUACAUGUAUAUAUGUUUGUAUUGCAAGAAACAUUUUAAUGCCAACUUUUGGUUCAAGUGAUCAUAGCUAUACCAAUAUUAAACCAAAUGGAAAUGGUCAAAACACAAAAAUUAUAAAUAAUUACCCUUGAAUAGUUGUGAAAAAUACCCUGGAAUAGUCAAAACACUAGCAUUGUGAAAAAUACCCUUGAAUAUUAAAAACCCAAGCAUUGUCAUCAAGAACUGUUAGAAUGGUCAAAAACUUUGACAUUGUGAAUUUUCAACCUUGAAAUGGACAAACAUAUAUGUACAUUUGUAUUUUGAACAUUACCCUUAAAGUUACUCGCUCCUGAUUUUGGACAAAAAAUUAGUUUUCUUAGUAAUGCAUUUGAAAACACUUAUUUUAUCAUUAUUGUCCUCAAUCAUGACAAUGAUAUUGAAAUUGCAGAAAAAAAUACAGUUAUAGCAUAAAAAAAUUUUUUUCGGCUUUAGUGGGGAUCAAACCCACCCUGAUCAAGUCAAGAUAAAUUAGAAAACAGCCAACUAAUCCACACAGCCACUGGAACUUUAACAAACGUGUAGAAUAUGUUGACCUCUUUAGUUCUUAACGAUACAUUUAUAACAACACGUGAUAAUGUCAAUCGACCAGUCACAGAACACCACAGACAUAAUGAUUUUCAAUCACAUUAAAUUGACUUCAUUCUUCACAAAUUAGUUCAGGGCCAAAUACAAUUAAAUUAUACAACUCUGUAUGACACUAAAUACAAGUUAUGGCCAUUCAAUAUGUUUCCUUUUUAUGAUUUAGGGCAUCCCUCAUUCAAUGCAGCAUAAUAGUCACACACACUGUCUGACAAAUAUCUUUAUGUUGUUCAUUUAAGUGAUACCUCACACUGAUAAAUAUUUUUGACAGGUACAUAUUAUAUCAUAAAUGCAUUUGUUUCUAAGACAAAGUGUCAUAUAUUUCUUUUAAUAUUUGCUUUUUCAUAGUCAAUCCAUUGUAUUCUGCGUCAAUGCAUUAAACGGGCUGUCUCACGUAUGAUGAAAUAGCCAAAAAAAAAAAGGAAAUUGUCAAAAACUGACAUUAACUUGGCAUCGAUGUGUACAAUGCAUCGAAACUUACUAACUGAAGUAACACAUAGUUUACAAUUUAUUUAAGUUUAGCAGUUAUUUCGUAUUUUUCCAUUAAAAAAGAUUACUAGGUAUGUCUUCCAGGUAGAAUUCAUUCCUUAUGCAUGAUUGGCUAGUCGGUGUUAUCACGUGAUAUUGUUGAGGUAGGUGUAUAGCUUAAUUAUGUCACCCGAUUAGUAGAAGCCUUUGUAGCUCAGUGAGUAAGACGCUGAACUUCAAUUUUGGCGACGCGGGUUCAAACCCGGUCUCUGACACAAUUUUUCUUUACAUUUUGGUACUUUUUUUACAAUUAUGAUAUCAAAGGGUAACACAUUCUAUAAGAUAAUUGUCCUGAGAUUUGUUUCAGAAAAAAACUUUGUUUGGUGCCAAUCUGUGACACUGUGAAAUAACUUGCAAACUGACAAAGAACAUUUAUUUUUUAAACCAAUCAUGAGUAUUGGUAGAUUAAUAGUUCCAGGUUGGGCAUCAAAUCAUAUAAACAUGAUGUUUCAGGACAAUGAAAUAUUGGUAGGAAUGACCUUUGUUUUGUUAUACAAAGCAAUAUAUAGUAUUUUAUUAAGUCAUUUCAGGUCUUUGUAUAUAAAUGUAUAUGCAUCCAAAAUGAGCUCUAUGAUUUCAGUGUUAUUUAUUGAACAAGAAUGAAUAAAAGGUUACAACUGUA